AUGGACAUUGGCAUUGUAAUGAAGCGGAAGAAGAGAUAUUCUCAUGGCCGACCAAGGAUUAGAUGGGGCGCUUUAACCAAGGAUAAAGCCCAGGAAUUGGAUGGGCGGUUAUCGACUAUGGGAGGGUGGAGGAGUAGUGGAGACGCGAGCACUAUGUGGUCAACUACGGCGAACUAUGUGAGGCAGGCGGCCAGAGAGGAGGCAAAGCAAGCGGUCACAGAGGCCAAGAAUGCAGCGUUUAUCCGUCUAUACGAGGAAUUAGGGGAGAAAGGAGGGGAAAGGAAGUUGUUUCGGCUGGCUAAAGUAAGGGAGAGGAAGGCCCGAGAUCUGGACCAGGUACGGUGCGUCAAAGAUGAGGAUGGAAGAGUUUUGAUGGGAGAUCCCCAGAUUAAGCAGAUAUGGCAGACGUACUUCUAUGGUCUUCUAAAUGAGGAUGGGGACCGAGAUAUCGCGCUAGGGGACUUGGGGCAUUCAGAGAGUCUCCGAGAUUUUAGGUAUUGCAGGCGCAUUAUGGUUGAUGAGGUCGUGGGGGCUUUGCGUAAGAUGAGUAGGGGUAGAGCGACCGAGCCAGAUGAGAUCCUGGUUGAGUUCUGGAAGUAUGUGGGUAAAGCAGGUUUGGAAUGGCUGACUAGGUUGUUCAACGUAAUUUUUAGGACGAAAAGGAUGCCGGAGGAAUGGAGGUCGAGUACAGUGGUCCCAUUGUACAAGAACAAAGGUCGAGUACAGUGUUGUAACAGUUAUAGAGGUAUCAAGUUACUUAGCCAUACCAUGAAAGUCUGGGAGAGGGUGGUGGAACUGAGGUACAGGGAUAAGAAGAAGGAUCUACAUAUGGUGUUUAUUGAUUUGGAGAAAGCGUAUGAUAAAGUUCCAAGAGAGGUGCUCUGGAGAUGCCUUGAGGUGAAAGGCGUACCGGUAGCCUACAUAAGAGCGAUCAAGGACAUGUAUGACGACGCUAAGACUAAGGUUAGGACUGUAGGAGGCGACUCGGAGCAUUUUCCAGUUGUUAUGGGAUUACACCAAGGCAUUGCGCUUAGCCAUUCCUAUUUGCCUUGGUGA